AUGGCUAAGGGAGGUUUCUACGCAGUAGCGGCGGGGCGCUCAACUGGCGUCUUCACGACGUGGAGCGAGUGUGAAGCGCAGGUAAAAGGCUUCACUGACUGCAGAUACAAGAAGUUUAAGACCCAGGGCGAGGCACAGGCCUUCAUGGACGCCUACAACGGUACUCAGUCAAACCCUAAAGUCAAAAGACCUAGAGACUACAGUACCGUGGUCGAAGAUGAAUUGAAACCACCUUCCGCUCAGAAACUUAAACACGACAAUAAAGCUCAAUCAGCAGACACUUCCAAGCCCGCUGUGGCCAAAGGGAGGAAGACGGGGGUCUUUCGGACGUGGAAAGAGGCCAAAAUUCAAGUCGAAAAUUUGUUCAGCGCCAGUUUCAAGAAAUUUCCAACAAAAGAGGAGGCCGAAGCGUUCGUGAAUCAACACGCAGCAUCAACCACGAGACUAAAUGACGAUCCAGACCCCAAAGAUCCCAAAACUUUGGUGGCUUUCUGUGACGGUAGCGCACUGGAAAACGGACGUCGCAAAUGUCGUGCAGGUUACGCCUGUAUCUUCCCGCACUGUGAGCAGUGGAACGUGGCCAAGCAGCUAGUGGAGGACCGAGCCACGAACAAUAGAGCGGAGUAUAUGGCAGCACUGGAAGCCAUGAAACGUGCCAAUGUAGAGGAUCCUGAGAGAUCUCGGAUGCUGUACAUCUUCUCCGAUAGUAUGCUACUGAUCCGAUCCAUGACAGAGUGGGUCGGUACGUGGCAGAAGAAUAACUGGAACAAGUCGGAUGGAACUCCAGUGCAGAAUCGCGAUCUGCUGGAGCUGCUGGUGGCGGAAAAGGGCAGUCGUCGUAUUCGAUGGACCCAUGUGAAGGCUCAUACGAGAAAACAGGACUGGAGAUCCAAGUGGAACGAUGUCGCCGAUAAUGCUGCUCGGAACGCAGCGUUAAGUGUAGGAGGCAAGUAG